ACAAUAAAGAUGUGUCUAGCCUGCAGUCACUUGAUAGUAGAAGAAGCAACAGCACCAGUAGAAGGAAUAGUAGUGUGGUGUAGCACUAUGGUGUAGCACUGUGAGUUAGCACUUUGAUUUAGCACUAUGGCACACAAAGGGAAGGCUACACCGUGGCGUAGUUGGAGCUUCACUUCAGCGUUUCUGCUAGUCUGUUUAGCACCCCUGACACAGUCGUACAAUUUGAGAAAAGCACUUGGCAGAAAUAGAGAAAAUGGUCAUGAAGGAAAGAUUCUGUUUGGUAACUUCUUUGAGAAGGGGCGAACUGGUCUGCCAACAAGUAUACAUGCCAACUGGAAUGUUACCUCCUCUGCAGAAGAUGCCAUCGGUUAUCAAAAAGACUCGUCCGGGUGGUUCCAAGAUGAUCCCAGUGUACAAUGGAAGCACAUGGAGCUGUCAGUUCAAUGUGGUGCUUACCAGAUGAAGCUCGUAGCAAGAGAGCCAGAAGCGUCACAGUUGCAACUGGUCCAAAAAAACGCCAAGUCGCUUCCCUUGACUCAGCUCCCUGAAACCUGUGGCUACUCAAUCAGUCGAAACAAUGCAAUGCUUGUAAUGGUGGCUUCAUAUGACGGCUGUACAAUGAUGCAAGAGGACGGACGCUACAUCCUACCAAUGCUUUGGCAAAGAAGGCAUUUAAUGCUCUCAUGCCCCAUAAAAGAAAUGCAUCCAGCACCACCUAUGUCUCCAAGUCGACAAAUGUCUCCUAAACCAGCUGCCUUGCCCUAUCCAUACAACCAGUGGGCUAUGAGGCCUCCCUUCAACUAUUAUCCAUAUGGACAACAAGUGCAUCAAGAGCCAUCCAUGACUGACCUCCCUACUACACAAGAACCCACGACUACAUCGCCAACACCACCCAAGGAGCAGCCAGCAAAAAGCCCACCUGCUUCUAAACCAGCUGGCUAUCCCCAUCCACAGUACCAGUGGGCUAUGAUGCCUCCCUUCAAACACUAUCCAUAUGGACAACAAGUGGUGCAUCAAGAGCCAGCCGAGACGGACCUCCCUACUACACAAGAGCCCACGACGCCAAUGCCACCCAAAGAGCUGCCAGCAAAAAUGUCCCCUAAACCAGCUGCCUUGCCCUAUCCAUACAACCAGUGGGCUAUGAUGCCUCCCUUCAACUAUUAUCCAUAUGGACAACAUGUAGUGCAUCAAGAGCCAUCCAUGCCUGACCUCCCUACUACACAAGAACCCACGACGACAUCGCCAACACCACCCAAGGAGCAGCCAGCAAAAAGCCCACCUGCUUCUAAACCAGCUGGCUAUCCCCAUCCACAGUACCAGUGGGCUAUGAUGCCUCCCUUCAAACACUAUCCAUAUGGACAACAUGUGGUGCAUCAAGAGCCAGCCGAGACGGACCUGCCUACUACACAAGAGCCCACGACGCCAAUGCCACCCAAAGAGCUGCCAGCAAAAAUGUCCCCUAAACCAGCUGCCUUGCCCUAUCCAUACAACCAGUGGGCUAUGAUGCCUCCCUUCAACUAUUAUCCAUAUGGACAACAAGUGCAUCAAGAGCUAUCCAUGACUGACCUCCCUACCACCCAAGAGCCCACGACUACACCGCCAACGCCACCCAAGGAGCAGCCAGCAAAGAGCCCACCUGCAAAUAUUCCACCUGCUUCUAAACCAGCUGGCUAUCCCCAUCCACAGUACCAGUGGGCUAUGAUGCCUCCCUUCCAACACUAUCCAUAUGGACAACAUGUAGUGCAUCAAGAGCCAGCCGAGACUGAGCUCUCUACUACACAAGAGCCCACGACUACACCACCCAAAGAGCUGCCAGCAAAAAUGUCCCCUAAACCAGCUGCCUUGCCCUAUCCAUACAACCAGUGGGCUAUGAUGCCUCCCUUCAAAGACUAUCCAUAUGGACAAGUAGUAUAUCCCUACAUGCCAGCACGAAAUCCAAGCACAAAUGUUCAGCCGGGAGGAGAUCCAGGUGUCUCGUCGUAUCCACAGAAACAGUGGGCUAUGAUGCCGCCCUUCCACAAUUAUCCAUAUGGACAACAAGUGCAUCAAGAGCCAUCCAUGACUGACCUCCCUACUACACAAGAGCCCACGACGACACCGCCAACACCACCCAAAGAGCUACCAGCCAAACUGUCCCCUAAACCAGUUAACUUGCCCUAUCCAUACAACCAGUGGCUUAUGAUGCCUCCCUUCAACUAUUAUCCAUAUGGACAACAAGUGCAUCAAGAGCCAUCCAAGACUCGCCUCUCUACGACACCGGAGCCCACGCCGCCGCCGACGACACCGGAGCCCACGCCGCCGCCGACGACACCGGAGCCCACGCCGCCGCCGACGACACCGGAGCCCACGCCGCCGCCGCCGACGACACCGGAGCACACGCCGCCGCCGACGACACCGGAGCCCACGCAGCCGCCAACUACGCCAGGGCCGACGACACCGGAGCCCUGGCUGCCGCCGGCGAAAGCGGAGCCCUGGCUGCCGCCGACGACACCGGAGCCCUGGCUGCCGCCGACGACACCGGAGCCCUGGCUGCCGCCGACGACACCGGAGCCCUGGUUGCCGCCGACGACACCGGAGCACACGCCGCCGCCGACGACACCGGAGCCCACGACGACUCAUCCUUCACCUGCUUCUCCAAAACUUGCUUUUCACCUGCUUUCUCCUAACCCUACAGCUCGUUGGCCCGUUCAGUUCCAACAGUGGUUUGAGAUUCCUCCCUGGUUAAUUAAGAAGCCAUCACCUAUCGAUCCUAAAACUGCUAAUUUUGAACAUUAUCCCCAGCAAUUCUACAGCCCUCAAUUAAACUAUCCACCAGUCUGACAGUGGCAAUCACCAUGGAACCAACAUAACUUCACCGUAGCCCUUCCCCUUGGACCAUUUGUACUACCUUUUACUUGCUGCACCUCUUUCCAAGCUAAAGCCUUUAAGUAUUCUGUCAAUAAAGACUUUCAAAGCUUCGUAAAUUCAUUGUCGUCAGUCUUCAGGGCAGUUCAAGGUGUAUGCUACUUGACUUGGUUUACUUUGCCUGGCAUAUCACUUUCAGACAAUAUUCUUUAGUUUUGAAAUUCUUUAAUUUACAGUUGAGCAGAUAGGAGGUCGGUUACAGAAAUUGUGCAAAUGUAAUGAUUGGGACGGGGGGUUUUGUGAUGACAUCCUUAUGUAGAUGGACAUCUGGAAAGCUGAACGGCCACCCAGCUGAAACGACUAGUACUGCGUCCUAUAGCAGAAUACAUGGCCCUCAAAUAGGAACAUAAGAUGUCCUUAAACCUUAGCUAGUCAUGGGUCAUCGUGAG